CAAGAUGCGCAAGGAGUUGAUGCAAAGGUGCUGUGCCGUGGCCGUGAUUCUGGUGGUGCUCAUGCCCUUGACUGGAGCGUGGCGCUCUUUUAAGGUCAUCCUCACGAAAAUUGACGUGGAGGCCAACGAGAAAAUCUUGGACAUAAAGGUGGAUCUGCAAAACGAUUCGGGCGAGUCAAAUCUGAACCUCGACAUAAAGAUGCACCAGGACAUAGACGACGUGCAGCUGUUGAUAGACUUUGCUCUGGAGACGGACAAGGGCAACUACUCCACCUUGUUAAACCGUACUCUCGACUUCUGCAAGGUCCUGAAGCAGCGCAACUCGGAUCCGCUGCUGCGCGUACUGUAUGAUGACCUGCUCAAGCACGGCACCCUCUUCAAGGAGUGCCCCAUCCGGAGCGGCACCUACGGCCUGACCAACUACAAGGUGGACGAGGAGAUGCUGCCCAGCUUCCUGCCGGAGUCCAAGUUCCGCUUCGGCAUGCUGGUUUCGACGCACAAGACCGGCAUGAUCGCACGGACGGCCCUCUACGGCCGCAUCGACAAGUCCAAGGGAUUCGACAACCUGAAGCGGUUCAGUCUCGGCUAAGAUAUACGCCCACAUGCUCCUCAUGGUAUCUCCUGCUCGGCGGAGAUCCAAUAAAGCUUUGCUGCGCGUCC